UAUCGAUAUUGCGCUUGAUCGGACCCCCACCCCCCGACACCCACAAAUAAGGUGCGCGUGCGAAGCGUGCGAGCAAUUUUCGUGUAUAAAACCGUUGCGUAAAUCAACAGCGGCAGCAACAACAUGUCGACGCCACCGGAGCAGCAACAACAUGUGCGCGUGGAGGCAACGCAACAAGUGGAGGCUGCCUCGGCAUUGACUGCGACUGCGACUGUCCUGCCCACGUCCAUUGGGGAGAGUAAGGAGCUAACCGGUUUGACGCACGAAUGUGGAGUGUUUGGGGCGAUUGCUUGCGGAGAUUGGCCCACGCAGAUGGACAUUGCGCACGUGAUUUGCCUGGGCCUGGUGGCGUUGCAGCAUCGCGGCCAGGAGUCAGCUGGCAUCGCCACCAGCGAGGGCAAGUCCUCUACGAACUUUAACGUCCACAAGGGCAUGGGCAUGAUCAGCACCCUCUUCAACGACGAUUCGAUGAAGAAGCUGCGCGGCAACUUGGGCAUUGGACACACCCGCUACUCCACGGCCGGCGGCUCUGGAGUGGUCAACUGCCAGCCCUUUGUGGUGCACACGGCUCACGGAGCCAUGGCACUAGCUCACAACGGUGAGCUGGUCAACAACGAAUCUCUGCGUCGCGAAGUGUUGGCACGAGGCGUGGGUCUCUCCACCCACAGCGACAGCGAGCUGAUUGCCCAGUCUUUGUGCUGCGCCCCCGAGGAUGUGUCCGAGCUGGAUGGCCCCAAUUGGCCGGCCAGGAUCAGGCACUUCAUGAUGCUGGCUCCCCUCUCCUACUCGCUGGUCAUCAUGCUAAAGGACAAGAUCUACGCGGUACGCGAUACCUACGGCAAUCGGCCUCUGUGCAUUGGAAAGAUUGUGCCUAUUAAUGCGGGCCACGGCAACAGCUCGGAGACCCCGGCCGACGGCUGGGUGGUGUCGAGCGAGAGUUGUGGCUUCCUCUCGAUCGGAGCCCGCUAUGUGCGCGAAGUGGAGCCCGGCGAGAUCGUGGAGCUGACACGCAGCGGCUAUCGCACUGUGGACAUUGUGGAGCGUCCGGACUUCAAGCGCAUGGCAUUCUGUAUCUUCGAGUACGUCUACUUUGCCCGUGGCGACAGCAUCUUCGAAGGUCAGAUGGUCUACUCAGUGCGCAUGCAGUGCGGCCGGCAGCUCUGGCGCGAGGCUCCCGUUGAGGCGGAUAUUGUGAGCUCGGUGCCCGAGUCUGGCACAGCGGCAUCUCAUGGCUAUGCCCGGGAAUCUGGUCUGGAGUUUGCCGAAGUGCUCUGCAGGAAUCGCUAUGUGGGUCGCACCUUUAUCCAGCCCUCCACACGCCUUCGCCAGUUGGGAGUGGCCAAGAAAUUCGGUGCUCUGUCUGAGAAUGUGGCCGGAGAGCGGCUUGUUCUUAUUGACGACUCCAUUGUGAGGGGCAACACCAUUGGGCCGAUUAUCAAGCUGUUGCGCGACGCAGGGGCUCGCGAGGUACACAUACGCAUUGCCAGCCCCCCACUGCAAUAUCCCUGCUACAUGGGUAUCAACAUACCCACGCGCGAGGAGCUGAUCGCCAACAAGCUGAAUGCCGAUCAAUUGGCCCGCCAUGUGGGCGCAGACAGCUUGGCUUAUCUCAGUGUCGCCGGUCUGGUGCAGGCUGUCCAGCUGAAGCAGCAGUCGGCCGAUAUUGGCGACGGAGAUGGCAAGGGCAAAGGCAAGGCCAUGGGGCAUUGCACCGCCUGCCUCACCGGCGAGUAUCCAGGCGGUCUGCCCGACGAACUGAGCUGGUGAUCGCAUGCAAAGGCGAUGAAGGAAAAUGUAGUUAAAAAAUGUAGGUUCUGGAAACCAGUUUGUUUGCAUCUCCCCCCCUGUUUGCUUGCUACUCUGACCCCCCACCCACCACACAAAAACAUACAACAGUAUCAAAGCCAUUGACUGCCGAAGGAAUUGCUGUCACAAACUUUUGCAUUUAGAACCCAUUCCGCUCU